GUUUUCUGACAAUUGCUGCGGUUACCAUUGAAACGGGAUGGCUACUGGAAUUCUGCUUAUUUAAUGCAGUAAAAGCUUGUAGAUGUAUAAAACAAUAACCUCCCAGCGCCCAAGCCUGUUCACCUGAAUCCUCUGCACCAUAGGAAUCCCACUUGUGUGGGCUUACUGAAGCCAGUUAUGGCUCUCAGACAAAGCCAUGUUUCCAGGGCAGUGCCUGAUCAUCCACAAUGCAUCUCGUCUUUACCAGAGCAGACAGCUAAACACUCCAGAGACAGAGUGGAUCCUGAAGAACCUCAUAGCAGUAACACAGAAAGCCAGUCAAGCACACCCGUUCCAGCCAGCUUCUGUCCCACUGAUGGCUCUGUCUCAGGGGAGGAUUUUGACCGUGGAGAUAGCCCUAGUCAUCAUGACAGCAUGGAAGAAGACUCACUGUCUGAAUAUGAUAAUGUGAGAUCAGAGGAGGAAGAAGAACAGGACUAUGAGGAUGAUGAGGAACUGCAUACCGAUGCAGAUGGGAUGACUUACUAUGUUCACUGUUGCCCUGAAGAUGAGAGCUAUUUGGAAGGAAUGGACUGUCAUGAGGGUGCUGAAAGCAUUUAUAAACCAGGUACCUCCAGAGAACCAGAUGCUGGUGGAAAUCCUAAAGAUGCCUGGGAAUUCUCUGAGGGGUUUUAUGAAGUACUCCAGCAAGGUACAGAGGAGCUGGUCCACAAAUGUCCUGAGCCUAUUACUGAGUCUACUUUCAUUCAGGCUCCCAUGGCUGAGGAUGAAGAUGAUGAAGAAGAUGCAGAGGAAGUAGAAGAAGAUGAUGAUGAUGAUGAUGAUGAUGAUAAUGAUGAUGAUGCUGUGGAGGAAGAUGAAACAUAUUUUGCUUACGAACGAGGGAAGGCAGGAGGAAGUCAGGAUGGAAUUAUCUGCAAAGGGCAAUGUGAUUUACCAGAGGGCAGUAAAAACCCUCAUCAGGGAUCAAAUUACAGUAAAGGAAUGAUUAGAGGAGAAGAGGAUUUAAGUAAAGAUUACGGAGUGGAUAAAAAUAUCCCAGAGAAGUGUAAGGGUGAUGCCCAGAAAUCAUUUAUUGGUCACAGAGAAGGCAGUAAAAAGAGCAAUGCUGAAGUUAAAGCUGAUUAUUCAGGAAACUGUGAAGUGGGCAGGGCAGAUAAAAACCCAAAGCAAGGGUCUAUAUUCAGAGGGCAGCCAAUUUGUAAGGAGGACAGAGGCAGUAGAAACUGCAGACUUAAUGGUAUAACCAAACCUGAAGGACCUGAGAAUAGAGUAGAUUUUAAAAAGAGACAUUCAUACAGAGAUCAUGGAAGAGAAAAAAGAGAAGACAGGCGUUCUCAUGUGGGGAAUGACAGUCCUGAAGGCAGUAUAGGCAGGGGACAGGGGUGUCCUCAUAGCUAUAGAGCAAAGACCGAGAGGGAUAGGGAACAAUCAGUGGACACAGGCGAGGGUGUGGAUCAGAUUGUAAAUGAAGUUAGAACAAAAAAGAAAGUAGGACCUCAGAGCACUGGGACAGACAGGGGUAUAUCUGAGAAGUCAUGUGAUGAGAGAAGGUUUCCAGAAAGUUCACAAGUAUCAGUGCUUAGACCACACAGGGAUGAAAGCAGAUCCAGUGCCCCCAACACACCCAAGCAGCCUCUCAACCCUGGCCAGAAAGACCUAGCCAGACCUACUCAAGAAGACUGCCUGAAAUCCAAUCAGGCCCAGGUAACUCACAGCAGCCCACAGCACUGCACAGUAAAUCCACAAUCUGAAACUGACACAGCUGCUAGCAACCAUAACCUCCCUCAGCAAGGAAAGAGAAAUCACUCUUUCCCAAGCUUUGUGGAUGUCCCAGGCCCAUGUGAACCAGAGGACCUCAUCGACGGGAUCAUCUUCGCUGCCAACUACCUCGGGUCCACUCAACUUCUCUCAGACAGAAACCCAUCCAAGAGUGUGCGCAUGAUGCAAGCUCAGGAAGCUGUGGACAGAGUAAAGUGUGUGGAAAGUGAGAGCCAGGGCCCAAUUGAGGUUGACCUCUUCAUUUCAACAAAGGAUAUAAAAGUGCUAAAUGCUGACACACAGGAGACAAUGAUAGACAAUGCUCUUCGGACCAUCUCCUACAUUGCAGACAUUGGGAGCGUGGUAGUCUUGAUGGCUCGCAGACGAGUGUCUCAGUCUGCUGCACUCGACUGUAAUGAAACCAGCCUGAACUCUGCAGAGAGCAGGAAGCAGUACCGAAUGAUCUGUUACGUCUUUGAGUCUGAGGAUGCCCAGCUCAUUGCACAGUCCAUUGGUCAGGCGUUUAGCAUGGCUUACCAAGAAUUUCUGAGAGCAAACGGGAUCAACCCUAAGGACCUCAGCCAGAAAGACUACAGUGAUAUCCUCAAUUCACAAGAGAUGUACAACGAUGAUCUCAUCCACUUUUCAAACUCUGAGAACUGUAAAGAGCUGCACCUGGAGAAGCAGAAAGGGGAGAUUCUUGGGGUUGUGAUAGUAGAAUCUGGCUGGGGGUCUAUCCUGCCCACAGUUAUCCUGGCUUGCAUGUUGAACAGUGGGCCAGCUGCUCGUUCAGGGAAGCUCAACGUGGGUGAUCAGAUCAUGGCUGUCAAUGACACAAGUCUGGUGGGCUUGCCCUUAGCUACUUGCCAGGGCAUCAUCAAGGGCUUGAAGAAUCAGUUACAGGUAAAGCUGAGUGUAGUAAGCUGUCCUCCUGUGACCACGGUGCUAAUAAAGAGACCAGAUCUGCAGUACCCUUUAGGCUUCAGUGUACAGAAUGGCAUAAUCUGUAGCCUGAUGCGAGGUGGAAUAGCAGAACGUGGAGGAGUGCGUGUGGGUCAUAGAAUAAUUGAGAUUAAUGGACAGAGUGUAGUUGCCAUGGCACAUGAGAAAAUUGUCCAUGCCCUAUCGGUGUCUGUCGGAGAGAUUCAUAUGAAAACUAUGCCAGCCGUGAUGUUCAGACUGCUAACUGGACAGGAAACCCCGAUGUACAUCUAAUGGCAAUGCUUGUGCUCCGGAAGCUCUGUGAUGCUCUGCCCUGCCUAUGUAACUCAAAAUUUUCCAUACACUUACAAAAAAUCUGGAAUAAGGAUUUCUUUGGCUUGUUCCUGUGGAGGAACUUCUAAAGAUUUUACGUAGAACCCUACAACAGAGCGGUUCCCUACCCUUCCAAGUAGAAAACAAAAAAAAAUCUCCCAAUAACCUUUUUUCCCCUUAUAAGUAUAGUUUUAAUCCCUUCUGUGAACACAGCAUCCUUGUUGUGCACUCUUGUUGUAAUAUAUUAGUUUACUAAUUCUACAUCAGUACAUACAAUAAUGAAACUGACAUCAGGCCUAAUCCUUAUUUGAUCAUGCUCUUCAGCGCAAUUACACUGUGUAUGCUUUGUCAUAAAAAGAGAAGUAAGAGCAAGCUAUUUUUGAUUCUCAUGUUGGGGACAAGGUCUUUGUUGGAGUGUUUGAGAAGGUGUUUAAGCCUAACACUGACAUAAAGUACAAGACUCUCAGAUUAAAUUUGGUUUCCAGGCCUCAACCGGUCCAAGGUAGUUGAAUGAAUCUUCUGAAUGAUACUCUCCUCCUCUUGUUUUUAACUUGGGGAAAUACAAUGCACGAUUUUGUUCCAUGCAGGUGAGCUGUAGCUUAUAGAAUGUCAACUCACCUCUGUUAUAACUAGUACAAAUACAGCUCUGGUCAUAUGAAAUCUACCCUGACAGUUGUAGUUCCCCUGCUUGCUCUGCCUUGCAUGAUUUUUUUUAUAUGUAUUAAUAUUGGGAUUUAUUUUUAUUGCUGUACAUAGUAGACUUGUUUAUCAGCUGACUUGUACUUACUAAGACUAGAUAUCUAUGCAGAUUCAUCAGCUAAACUGGGCAUAAUGCUAUUCUUGCUCAUAUUUAUCCAUUAAUGUUUCAUUCAUUUCAUAAGACUUCAGUCAUUUGGGGACGAUUGCCUGACUUCCAAAAAUAGAAAUAUUUCACAUUCUGAUUAGAAUAUAUUGUAACACCCAUGAUAUAACACAAUGGGCUGAUUUAAAUUGCAUUAUUGUAUACUGUAUUUGAAUCUGUGCCUUUGACCCUCCACCUCAAAAAAGCCCAAAAUACCUGUAGUUUUUGGCUACCAUGAUGCUGGUUGGUUAAUUUGAUCAUGCAAAAAGAGAGAGAAGAAUUUAACUACUGCUACAUGCUGUGUUUAAUUGGCCUUGGAAGGGCCUGUAAAUUUUAGUUAAAGCAUUUUGUCUCCAUUGGGAGGCCAUUAGAUAGAAAGUGGGGAAAUGUGCAAUUCUGCAGGCUGAUUGACUUGAGCAGAAUAAAUGGUAAAACGCCUUAAUUUGUUUUCAUAUCUAACAACACAAGUAUGGUAGUUUUCUAUAUAUAAAUGAAUUCAUUCACCAAUAAUGUAAUAAGUAGUAUUUAAAAAAAAAAAAAAACCCUAUAUCUAUGUGGAUGCGAGCGUUUUAAUAUGGAGGAAACAAGCAACUAAUUGAAAACAGACAUCAUCCUGUGACACUAAUACCAAACAAAUAAAGAUGUUCACUGGUGACAGUGAUGCACAUUGCAGAGUGAAUUAUCUCACCACUUGUGUUAAAAAAUAUAUAUAUAUUAUUCUAUGAACUGCAUCUAAAGAAUACAGUGCAUAUAUAAGAUAGUUUUACUCCCUGGAGUUUCCUAUGCCAGCAACCUAUGCCAGAUGACUGUACUAGAAAACAUACAAGUAGGUAUGUAUGGGAACUGGCAUUUGGGAAUAAGGGGAACUGGCAUUAUCAUACAACAUAAGAGUACAUUUGUUUUAUGCAUUAUUAAUUUGAUUACUCUGUAAACAAUGUUUUUCAUAUAUCUUUAUUUUUCUCAACUCAAACAUAUGUAUAUACAUAUUUACACAUAUACGUACGUGAAGGUACAACAGAAAAAAAAAUGUUUACAUUUGUAUUUACAGCAGCCCACAGCACAAAAAAAAGCUUAAUUUUGUAGGAUUUUCAAGUAUAGGAAAUGAUGGCCAUGUUGACUUCAGUUGGUUUCUCAAAGCUUC